CGCGUGCGCGGGCGCGGGCGGGCGCGCGCGGGGCCGGGGCGGCGGAAGCGGAGCGUGCGGGGCGGCGCGGCCGCGCAGGACGGCGUCCGGGAGGAUCAGUGACUGUCGCCUAUUCUACAAGAUGAGUAACAGCCACCCUCUUCGCCCCUUUACUGCUGUUGGGGAAAUUGAUCAUGUGCACAUAUUGUCUGAACAUAUUGGUGCCUUGUUGAUUGGGGAAGAAUAUGGCGAUGUCACCUUUGUUGUGGAAAAGAAACGUUUUCCUGCCCACAGGGUAAUUUUAGCAGCAAGGUGCCAAUAUUUUCGGGCAUUACUCUAUGGUGGAAUGCGAGAAUCUCAGCCCGAAGCAGAAAUCCCUCUUCAAGACACCACUGCCGAAGCUUUUACCAUGCUGCUCAAAUACAUCUACACUGGGCGGGCGACUCUGACGGACGAGAAGGAGGAGGUGUUGCUGGACUUUCUGAGCCUCGCUCAUAAAUAUGGAUUUCCAGAGCUGGAGGACUCUACCUCCGAGUAUCUCUGCACCAUACUCAACAUUCAGAACGUCUGCAUGACGUUUGAUGUUGCCAGUCUCUACUCUCUACCCAGGCUGACUUGUAUGUGCUGCAUGUUCAUGGACAGAAACGCUCAGGAGGUGCUCGCCAGUGAGGGCUUUCUCUCCCUCUCCAAGACAGCACUUUUAAACAUCGUAUUAAGAGAUUCAUUUGCAGCUCCUGAAAAGGAUAUUUUCCUAGCUUUGUUAAACUGGUGCAAGCACAAUUCAAAGGAGAAUCACGCUGAAAUCAUGCAGGCUGUGCGUUUACCUCUGAUGAGCCUUACUGAACUUCUCAAUGUGGUGAGACCUUCGGGACUGUUAUCUCCUGAUGCCAUUCUGGAUGCUAUCAAAGUUCGAUCAGAGAGCCGGGAUAUGGACCUCAAUUACAGAGGCAUGCUCAUACCAGAAGAAAACAUUGCAACUAUGAAGUAUGGAGCUCAGGUUGUGAAAGGGGAGCUGAAAUCUGCUUUGUUAGAUGGUGACACUCAAAAUUACGAUUUGGAUCAUGGGUUUUCUCGGCACCCAAUUGAUGAUGACUGCCGUUCCGGCAUCGAGAUUAAGCUGGGCCAGCCGUCCAUUAUUAAUCACAUAAGGAUACUCCUGUGGGACCGUGACAGCAGGUCUUAUUCAUACUUCAUUGAGGUGUCCAUGGAUGAGCUUGAUUGGAUCAGAGUGAUUGAUCAUUCUCAGUAUCUCUGUCGUUCUUGGCAAAAGUUAUAUUUUCCAGCCCGGGUCUGCAGAUAUAUUCGAAUAGUUGGAACUCACAACACAGUUAAUAAGAUUUUUCACAUUGUGGCUUUUGAAUGUAUGUUUACCAACAGAACUUUCACUCUUGAGAAGGGGCUGAUAGUUCCCAUGGAAAAUGUUGCAACAAUUUCGGAUUGUGCCAGCGUGAUUGAAGGAGUAAGUCGGAGCCGAAAUGCCUUGCUGAAUGGGGACACCAAGAAUUAUGACUGGGAUUCUGGCUAUACAUGUCAUCAGCUAGGAAGUGGUGCGAUUGUGGUUCAGCUGGCACAGCCCUACAUGAUCGGGUCAAUACGGUUAUUGCUUUGGGACUGUGAUGAUCGAAGCUACAGCUACUACGUUGAGGUUUCUACCAACCAGCAACAGUGGACCAUGGUGGCCGACAGAACUAAAGUGUCCUGCAAGUGUUCCACUGUGUCCACUUUGAAUGUCCGGAGCAGCAGAACAGCCAGAAGGAAGAAAACGGCGAGGAAGUGGGGGCGGGGGACCCCAGCCCGUCGGGUCCGCAGCUCGACCCCCACGCCCUGCCCAGCAGCCCACGCGCCUCUCGCUCCCCCAGUCGGCAGCGCCAAUAAAGGAGGUGCAGACACGGAGUCGGGGGGCUGCACCCCAGCUGAGAUCUUUGGCAGCCGGCGUGGCCCAGCCCCACCCUCUAGGGGCAACCUGGCAGCGGGAAGGGGCGGGGCAGCCGCUGAGCGGGGAGCCCCAGGGUCUCCAGUCCACACCCCCUCCCACCCCGCCGGCCACUUAGAGCCCGCUGGGCCUCUGCUUCCUCCUGUUGCUCGCCCCUUGCUGGCCGGGUUUGCCUCUCGGAAAUGUACGGUGGGCACGUCCCCGCCUCAGCCCCCACCCCGGCUGGAGCCCAGACCCCUGCACGCAUGGCCCCGGGGCUGAUGGAAACAGCUCUGGGAGCUGGACAGCUGCCGUCCACCGCCCCUCGGGUGGCCCCAGACGCCCCUGUCCCCCACCUGGGCACCGCCCCUCCUGCAGUGGCCGGGAAACCCCUGGUAGCCCCCAGGGGGCCUGGCCUCGCUGACCAUCAGUCACUGUGGCCAUCCCCAGGCACAGACCCGGGGUUCGACUGAGAAACCAACACAGCUUGAGGCAGCUUCCCCGGAGCCGCCCCUGCAUCUCUCGGCCGGCUCGGAUGUCCCUUAGCUGUUGCUGUCCCAGUGCCAGGCACACUUUGUAACUGGACCAUCAUUAUCUGGGGGACGCCGCCCCACAGGCUGGACCCCACUGUGGGCCCCACUGUCCCUCUGGGCCGUCACUGCGCCUGUCCCUCAGUCCCUCUGUCCCCAUCACUGCGCCUGUCCCUCAGUCCCUCUGUCCCGUCACUGCGCCCUUCCCUCUGUCCCCCUGUCCCCGUCACUGCGCCCUUCCCUCUGUCCCUCUGUCCCCAUCACUGUGCCCUUCCCUCUGUCCCUCUGUCCCUCUGUCCCGUCACUGCGCCCUUCCCUCUGUCCCUCUGUCCCAUCACUGCGCCCGUCCCUCUGUCCCUCUGUCCUGUCACUGCACCCUUCCCUCUGUCCCCGUCACUGUGCCCUUCCCUCUGUCCCUCUGUCCCCAUCACUGUGCCCGUCCCUCUGUCCCUCUGUCCUGUCACUGCGCCCUUCCCUCUGUCCCUCUGUCCCCGUCACUGCGCCCUUCCCUCUGUCCCUCUGUCCCCAUCACUGCGCCUGUCCCUCUGUCCCUCUGUCCCCAUCACUGCGCCCGUCCCUCUGUCCCUCUGUCCUGUCACUGCGCCCUUCCCUUUGUCCCUCUGUCCCCGUCACUGUGCCCGUCCCUCUGUCCCCGUCACUGCACCCGUCCCUCUGUCCUGUCACUGUGCCCGUCCCUCUGUCCCUCUGUCCCGUCACUGCGCCCUUCCCUCUGUCCCUCUGUCCCCAUCACUGCGCCCUUCCCUCUGUCCCUCUGUCCCCAUCACUGCGCCCUUCCCUCUGUCCCUCUGUCCCCAUCACUGCGCCCUUCCCUCUGUCCCCGUCACUGCACCCUUCCCUCUGUCCCCCAUGCCCUGUUACUCUGUCCCUGUCCCUCUCUCCCCAUCCCUCUGCCCUCGUCUCUGUCUCCAUCCUUCUGUCCCCGUCCCCCUGCCCCCCACGCUCUGUCCCUCUGUCCCCAUCUGUCCCCGUGCUCUGUCCCUCUGUCCCCAUCUGUCCCCGCGCUCUGUGCCCCCGUCCUCCAGAUGUGGGCUGGGUCUCCAUGCACUCCAGGACACAGCUCAGAUGGGGCCCUAAAGGAGGGUCAGCGCUUGGCUGGCUGUGGGUGAGACGGGCCAGCCCUUCCCUCCGGGCCUGGUGACAGGGCCGUGGGAUGCCAUGGGGCCAUCCAGCGGCCUGAUGACGCUGGAAGUGUAUCCCGUUUGGACGCCGCAGGAUGGAGUUGCUUCAGCCCCUCCCUCCACCCACACCCCCCAGCGUGCGGACGCCACGGGGAGCACAACCUGUGCAUUGGCACCCUAGUCACUGGUUAGGGUCAAAAGGCCUGUCCACCAGCACCCGCCUAGUGGCUCGCUGACCCUGGGGCACUCCUGGGCCCCAGCAGGCGCCCCAGUCCCCUUAGGUGCGUGUCCCUGUCCCUCCUCAGCGGGAGCCAUGGGCGACCCCUGGCAGCCCACGGUCCCCACACCAGAAGUGUCUGAGCCCAGGGCAAGAGUAGGAGGUGGGGACGCGGGUGUGGGCAGGGCGGGGCUGGGUGGAGGAGGCAGCACCCCCCGCUGCUGGUGGGAUGGAGAGGCCGUGCCCGGAGCAGCCGCCCCUCUUAGAUAGACCCCUGUGGCCAGGGUGGGUGAGCAACUUUGAAAUUGCUCUUUAAAUUGUCACUUUUUAAUCUUAUUAAACUAAGUGUCGGUUCCCCACAAAUACAUUUAAAGUGUUUUAUUCCUAGAAGAGUUGGGAAAAGAAAUUAUUUUCAGCAAGAGUGGGAUGUGUUUGUUAGACUGAUUCCUUGGUGCAAAAAAAAAAAAAAAAUGAGAUUUUGAAUUGUGGAAAAAAUUGCUCCCUAGUUACGUGGCGCCCAGUCGCAGGCAGUGUUCAGGCCGGCAGCCCCAACCGAGCAAUUUCACCUUUUUUUUUUUUUUAGUUUAGAAGGUAACAAAAUUGUAAUCACUUAUCCCUCCAGCCACUGGAGAGGGAGAGUGGGAGCUGGAAAGGCAGGUGGGCAGUAACCAGCCCGAGGCGGCCAGGUGCAGUUUCUGCUCCCGCCGACAGGGGCCGCUCGCCCCGUCUGUCUGUCGUCCGGGCUGCGGGGCCAGCAGGGGGCGGCGCUCAGUAGCCGCCCUUUAGGGUUGCAGGCGUGGCCGGCAAGGAAAGACUCUCCCACCCCCUCCCGCCCCCCUCCCCCAGGACCCGAGGCCGAGCCCGGCUCCGACUGAGCGGAAAGGGCUUUGCCCCACCAGCGCCCACGCCCACGCCCACCCCGCCAGGCCGUCCUGUCCCCCCAGCCAGCCAGAGGCGGGCUGUCAACAGGGAGGCGUCCCCUCAUCGAGCAUCAAGUCAAUUCUUCUCUCUUUAAAAAAGAAAAUAACAAACUCCCCGAGCGCGGGCCUGGAGACUCCCAAUCACCCUGUAAUUUAUGCUAAGUGUUGCCAUUUGCAUCCUGAGUAUUUAUAGCUCAGCUGCAGGAGGUGGGGUGGGAGGGGCUGCGCGGGACCCCCACCUGCCUCUCUGGUCCCUGGCUCAGCCGAGCAGGCCUGGGGACGCAGGUGCUCAGUCACUCAGGGGUCACCGCGCACUGCUGCGAGCAGGGGGGGGGCGGACAGCCUGGGUGCGGGCUGCACCCCUCCUGCUGGCUCUUGUCCCGGGCUUUGGCCCCUGCGCCCCACCCAAGGGUGUCAGAUCACUCCGGCAGUGGGUGCUCUCGGGCCCGCUUUCAUCCCUCCCAAGACGCCUGCAGGGAGGAGGGGAUGCGCUUGGGCAGGCCCUGGGGGGGGGGGGCUCAGAGGGGUCUUCCCGCCCCCCUCAGGGCAGCUCUGGAGAGACAGGAGGGCCAGAGACUCCGCCACUCGGCCGGGCAGAUCUCUCCUUCCUGAGACUCCUGCUGGCCUCCUGGUCCCUCCUCCUGGGGGCCUCAUCACCCACGGGGCUCCAUCCCCGACGUGGGCCACACCUGCAGCUCCCGUCCCUGGGGGUGGCCGGGAAGCCCUGUGCGUGCCGCAGUGCUCCUGCCAGGAAGUGAGUGCUCCCCUGAGGGCGGCCCGUGGCUUCAGCCUCAUUCUGCAGCACAACCCAAGUGAGCAAAACAGACAAACGUGUGUGUCCCGGAGGGCCCUGCCGCGUCUGUGCAGCCGCCCGCGGGCUCCUGUCGGCAAUAAAGCGGUUUCUUGUGC